AGCCGAAAGUUUAAUCCGGAGAGUCUUAUUUAAUUUGGUUUUUCUCGCUCCGGUAAGUUGGCCUUUGGUCGGUCCAACAACGAUGCUAGAGAUAGAAGAAGUGAUCAUAAAUGAUGGCGAAGCCGGUUACGGUGAUGCGGAAUAUUUGGGCGAUGAACAGCCGCCUGCAGUUGCUCCAGCGGACAACGUAAAAGUGAAACUGAAUCUACCAAGCGGGAUAAUCAUAAAGAACACGAAGCCCAUUGUCAAUGCCGGAAGUUCUGCUUCCCCGAGCGCUAUUAGCAGCAUUAGUAACGGCGAGAGUGCGGUUCCUGUGAAGCGGAAAGCUCCAAUCAUUCGCAAAGCUGGGGAGAUUGUUACUCCGAUUCAAAAACCAUGUGGAACUGUAACGGUUUCUCCAUCAACCAUAAGACCGAAAGUGGAAUGGAGCAAGGUUACUCCUCCAGGAUUAAAAGUCCCUCUGACUACUUUCACGAUAUCUUCAGUUGACGGUAAUAUUGAACAACACCUGGAAGGUAACGAAAUGGAAGACGACUCUCAGUUGGACGACACGACGCAAGACCUGAACAAUGCGUCCGAACUCGAACAGUAUACAUAUACGGAAGAAGCUUCGAGUAGCGUUGAUUUGGCAUCGCUCAACGAUAAGCUAUCUCGCAUAGAGCACUUGCUGGAGAAAGUGGUUGCCAAGCAGGGACAGCAUGACGCAGCCUUGAAAGCACUCAAAUUCAACAUUAAGGAUUUGCGAAUCGAACUGAAGAACUCCGACCGACAGUCAAACAGAAACGAGAGUAAUGAUUCCAGUUCUCAUCCGGUCCCAAUGAAGCGAGAAAGGAAGCGAUUGGUUGUGUUCCCAAUAGCCGAUGACAACUAUCUGCUACGGUUGGAGGAUCUCAUCCAGGUAGACGAGGAGAUCCGCACCGAUUUAAGCGGGCUCUUCGGCGAGGCCCCGGCGAUCAGCGUGUAUGAGUUUAUGCGCAAAAAUUGCCAUUCGCUGUUCGAGCACACAUCCAAGUACACCUGGACGGGCAAAUCAGCUCACAAUGUCCCCAGCGUGCCGCCCUCCAAUCCCGCGCACAAGCUGGCCAUCGUGGAGCUGCUUAUUUCGUGUGGCUGCGAAAAGUUCCCUUACAUGACCCGAGACAUCAUCGAGAAGGAGUUCCGGCGAGCGUUGACCAACUUCAACGAAUCCCGGGUGAUUCGACUGAAACGGAAGAUGGAAAAGUCCAGCGCAAAUCAGACUUUGCUAGAGGAGGACGUAUAAUUGAGUUUUGUUCGGGGAUUAAUUUUAAGAAAUCUU